AUGCCCAUCUUCACAAACACCCCCGAGGCCAGGCUUGGCAGAAACGACUCCAAAAACCCAUCAACAACAUGUCGCGGAAUCACGUCUUCGGGCCGGCCCUGCAGACGCCCCAACAGUCUCCCUCAAGGCGGAAAAGUAAAGGUCAGCGACCCGACCGAUGAGCGCCUCUACUGCCACCAGCACAAAGACCAGGCUCGCCUGGCUGCCCAUUCGGCUCCCGGGCCCGUCCGACCAACCCACGGCGCCAUUGCCGAGGAGCGUUCUAGUCUCGACACCUUAGCUGAGCGUCUGGGCUUGAUGAAGACCAAUUCGGCCCAAGUACGGCCAUCAGCGCAGUACCAAAGACCUCCACGACCGGCGCAGCAAAAGAAGAGCUCCUCGCUUUGGUGCUGCUGCUUCAGCAUCCCCCUAGACCUCGAGCUCGAGGAACAAGCUCCGCCGCCGCGACCACAAGCCAAGCCCGUACAGCACCAUGGAUCCUCGCGGCCCUCCCACCUGGCGCCCAAUGGCGUCUCUCCGCGACCGAGCUCGUCGAGCCAACGACCCCCAGCGGGCUCCAACGUUUCCCAGACGGCACAGUUCAUGUCCCUGAUCCCGCACUCCGCCUCCCCCGAGACAGCUUCCUUGUUGAUGAAGGAACUCGCCAAGGGCUUCUCUGCUGGAGACGAGGCCGGCUACAUCUACAUCUUCUGGCUGACGCCCGAAAGCGACCCGGCGACACCGCCGCACGAGGCCGCCAAGGCCCUGCUCACCACCAACCCACGAUCGCGAUCGACCUCCCGCGGGCGGGCGGCCAGCGACGCUCUCGAUCGUUACGCCACCUCAUACGAUGAUGAGCCUCGCAGUCGCGGCAGGGGCGGUGCCGGCGGCGGCGCACAGAAGAAAAACAAGAAGAUCCUGCUCAAGAUCGGCCGCGCCAACAAUGUGCAGCGCCGUCUGAACGAGUGGCAGCGCCAGUGCGGAUACAACAUUUCGUUGAUUAGAUAUUACCCCUAUGUUUCGUCGUCCAGCACCAGCGACGUGAUGCGCAAGAUGCCGCACAGCCACAAAGUCGAGAGGCUCAUCCACAUCGAGCUGCAGGGGCGCGGGCUGAGGGUUAUGGACCGCGGCAAGUGCCCUUCGUGCGGGAAGGAGCAUAAGGAGUGGUUUGAGGUGGAUAACACGAGGGCGGCGGUGGCGGAUAUUGAUGAGGUUGUGAGGAGAUGGUCGGAUUGGGAUGAGACUCAGGCGUAA